CCGUUCGAUUAUCUCGACCAGGACAAGUGAGAAUCCAUGAAAAUCGUGCAAAAUGGCCGCCACUAGAAAGGACAUCGAAAAGGUCGCGACCCUUCACCGGAACCGCGUCACGCUGACCUUGCGCAAUGUCCGCAGCCUGGAGAAGGUGUGCGCUGACCUGAUCAGCGGCGCCAAGAAGCAGAAGCUGCACGUUAAGGGCUCGGUUCGCAUGCCGACCAAGAUCCUGCGUAUUACGACGCCUUGCGGUGAUGGUUCCAAAGAUCGCUUCCAGAUGCGCCUGCACAAGCGUAUCAUCGAUCUGCACUCGCCGUCCGAGAUCGUCAAGCAGAUAACCUCGAUCAACAUCAAGCCCGGUGUAGAGGUCAAGGUCACCAUCGCCGACCCUUAAGCUGGAUAGUUCCACCACAAUCCGGAAUGUGAAGCAGAUU